AGAGAGGAGAAAACACACAAUCGGUUGAAAAGUUGGUGAGCAAAAGUUACUGCUGUGGAGAACGAAAGGAUGAAAAACUUUCAACAGGAACAUGCCCUGGGGGAAGAAGAGACUGAGAAAGUAAAUAUGAGAUUCCAAGACAGCAUUUUUUGCUCGGAAGAUGAUAACAGCCUCUAUUUCACAUACAGUGGCAAAUCAAAUGUUCUAGAGGUCAGAGACCUCAACUACCAGGUUAAUAUGGCCUCACAGGUUCCCUGGUAUGAGAAACUAGCGGAGCUGAAAAUUCCUGGGAAGUGCGGCCUAGACUCCAAUUCCCAUGUGGCAGCUAUACAAAACAUGAGUUUUAAAGUCAGAAGUGGGCGGAUGCUGGCUCUCAUAGAGAGCUCUGCUUGCGGAAAGACGUCUUUGUUUGACGUGAUUACCUGCAGGGACCACGGAGGCAAAAUUACGUCAGGUGAAAUCUUGAUAAAUGGAAAACCCUGCACUCGCCAGCUGGCAAAGAAAUGCAUUGCCCACGUACGGCAAGACGACAGACUGAUACCCAACCUGACAGUCAGAGAAACACUAUUGUUCAUUGCAAAAUUGCGUCUCCCCAAGAUGUUUUCAGAUUCACAAAGAGAAAAAAGGGUAGAAGACGUUAUAGCAGAACUGAGAUUGCGGCAAUGUGCGAACACAAGAGUAGGGAACGAAUACAUCCGUGGUGUUUCUGGCGGGGAGAGAAGACGAGUGAGCAUUGGGGUCCAACUGUUAUGGAAUCCUGGAAUCUUGAUAUUCGAUGAUCCCACAGCUGGACUGGACAGCUUUACUGCCCACAACCUAGUAAUACUGCUGUCUAGGCUAGCAAGAGGAAAUAGAUUAGUUCUUCUGUCAGUUCACCAGCCAAGAUCGGAUAUCUUCCAGCUUUUUGAUUUGGUUCUCUUGAUGACAUCUGGACUCACAGUCUACUCUGGUGCCGCCCAAGACAUGGUCCAAUAUUUCACACAAAUGGGAUAUCCUUGUCCAACAUACAGCAAUCCUGCAGAUUUCUACGUUGAUUUGAUCAGCAUCGAGAGGCAGAGUGAAGAAAAGGAGAUGGAAAGCAAGCAAAGGGCUCAUUCACUUGCUGCCAUGUUUCAUGAAAACAUUAAAAACGUGGAUGACCGUUUAUGGAAAAGCAAACCAAGAGACAACAUGGUCACUGUUUCUGCACAGAGCUCUACUCCAUUCAUUUUGGAGGAGAAAAUUACUGUGAACUCUCAUUCGGCCGAUCAUUUGCCAGGAUGGUUACAGCAGUUCACUGUUUUGCUAAGCCGCCAGAUCUCCAAUGAUUUCCGAGAUCUCUCAGCAUUGCUGAUCCGUGGAUUUGAGGCUCUUCUGAUGUCCUUGUUAAUGGGAUUCCUAUAUUAUGGCCAUGAUAAAAGUCUGUCAAUUCCGGAUGUGUCGGCACUUCUGUUUAUGCUAGGAGCUCUGAUUCCUUACCUUGUGGUUCUUGAAACUGUAGCAAAAUGCCAUUCUGAAAAAGCUGUACUGUAUCAGGAUUUUGAAGAUGGGCUGUAUCCUGUUAGCCCAUAUUUCUCCGCCAAGGUUUUAGGAGAACUUCCAGAACAGUUCUUCCUAAUGAUAGUUUAUGGGGUUCCUACCUACUGGCUAGCAAACCUCCGUCCGGAACUGGAAUAUUUCUUCCUUAUGCUGCUGCUUCUCAUGCUAGUCACUUUCUGUGCCCGGACCAUGACAAUGUGGCUGUCUGCAAUGCUGCCAACAUUUCCUAUCUCGGCCUUCGUCGCCAAUAUUCUGUACACAAUGUUUUUGAUGAGCGGAGGCUUCUUCAUAAGCUUGGAAAACCUAUGGACAGUUCCAACUUGGAUUUCUAAAGUAUCUUUUGUCAGGUGGAGUUUUGAAGGAUUAAUGCAAGUUGAAUUUAGAGGACGCACUUACCCGAUGACGUUUGGCAAUAUCACCUUUCCAGUUCCUGGAAAACUAGUACUCCAGUCGAUGGAUUUAGACCUCCAGCCCCACUAUGCAAUUUACCUCAUCUUGGUCAGUAUUUCCACCACCUUCUUGGUUUUAUACUACUUAUCUCUCCGGUUCAUCAAGCAGAAAUCAAACCAGGACUGGCAAUAAUACCAUGACACCAUUGAUCACGGUGGCAGGAGUGACAGCAGAAGAGAGAGAGUUCACACAGGUCCAUAUUAAAUGCCAGAUCUAACUCUUGCAAUAAAGGCAACACUUAAAAUGGUCCAUAAACUCUUGUUUGUGU